UUUUCAAAGGAGGUAUUAGUAUUUCCUCUAAACAGCCUACAACAAUAAGCUACACAUCAUGUCAGAUGACAGCAAGGUAUGGUUCAUUUAGCCUAUUUUGAGUUUAGAGGAGAAAUUACUAACAAUAUAGUAGGUCACUACCAAAGCAAUAGGUCUCACUGGUUUGAUCCAUGGACUGAAAUCUGACCACUAUUGCCGUUUUGUUUAAAAUAGGAGCGAAUAAGUUGUUUCACAAAGUCACAACCUAGGACUGAUAUUGACCUCUCAUUUAUCCACCAGAGCGUGAAAUGGGAGGAUCCCCCGGAUGACCAAAAUAAGGUUGUGGAGAAUAUGAAGGAUGAAACAGAGACACAUGAGACCAACAAGAACAGGACAGGAGGCAAGGUAAGACAUAUGCUGUCCUUUACACAUGUUCUGCCUACUUAGACAUCACUAAAUCCUAGCCUUAAAGCAUUAGGAGGAGACGCUACACUGACCUUAGAUCUGCUAUGAGACCUAUAAUCUGUUGUCAUGUAGGCUAAACGUAAGUCCAGUGGCCGUGCCAAGAAGACUUCCGCGGAGGAGGACAGCAGCAUUGGUGCAGGUCCGAGAUUACUUCAUGUUGGGUGCAGGUUGUGUUCAAAUUCAUCAGCACUGAUCUGAGAAGAUAGUAUCUAUAUAGGUGAAAGCAAUAUAGUGGAGGCCCGCAGAGAAAUGUGCUUUUACCUGUCCAGUGGAAUCAAAUCACUAAAGGUGAAGGAAAUUAGGGAUCAAGUUCAGAUUCAACUUUAGAUUUCUCUUUGCGGUUUCCCAGAGUCUUCUCAGACACCCGGGUGUGGUUUCCGGGAAAGGGGAUCUAUCAUUGAGCAGCUGGAGAAGGAGGCUCAGAGGACUCUUAUGCCUUCUCUCAAGAUUGAGACAUGCUGUGCCCCAAUCCUCCUCUCCUUCCUGAGGAGUCUAACUGAUGACCAAUGGAGAGUGAUUCAGCAUGGCAUGAAAAAUAACCUCACAUUCGAGCAGCUCUCCAUGCUGUGUCUGAAGAUUGUUAAAGUCGUGACCCAGACAGCCCUCCGCAUUCUCCUACCAGCGCUAGCUCGUAUCAUGGGGGUGAACCUGAGGAGUGGGGCAACCUCCCCAGAAUCCCAGUGCUCUCUGACAGGGUCUGAGGAUUCCUUAGGCAGUCUGGAUGAGAGAGAGAAAAGGCUGCUGACCAGUGAGAUGAACUACUGGACUAAGGAGAGGAGGAGGAAUGGCAGUGCAGGGUGCCGCCAUAAAUCCACUCGCAGAACCUCAUCACCAUGCUGUUCGCCUAAGAGGUCCCAGACCUCAUUGCAGAGCUUGCCUGCAACUAGAGAGGCUCCCCUCAUGGAGGAGCCUCUAAAGGCUCUUUUUGGGGUAACGGAAGAGAGCCUCCUGAUAUCCCUGGUUGAGGGUCACUCCAACCCCACCUCCUCCAGCUCCUCCGAUUUGAGCUGUGCUAUCGUGAGAGAGGUAGUACACCAGCUUAACUCUGGCCUCUCAGUGGCCAUUCAGGCCAGCUCGGGGAAUUGCCCCCCUAUGGACAGUCAGGACAUAGCAGCAGGCAAGGAAGUCAUUCGGGUAGUCUCGGUGCAGAUCCUGGCCGAGCUACAGAGCCAAACGUCUGAGCCAGAGUGGGUAGGGUUUAUCGAGCCCCUCAUGGACCCUGUGACCGAUGAUGUGCUGGAUGCCAUUGUCGGCACAAUGGACAAAAUGGCACAGGACUUCAACAUCCUAUUGGAUCUGGCCAAGAAGAUGACAAUCUUGGGGUCUAAAUUUCUGACCAAUCUUCAAUGUGACCUUGAUGUUGAGUGUCCAUCUGGGAAAGAAGGGACCACUCACUUUCUCAAAGAGACUGGAUCCUCUACCAGUGUGGUGGCCAGAAAGAUUCAGACCCUCUCUAGCCCCGACUUUCAGUCUAAAGCCCUGAAGGCGGUGAGCACCAUCCUUACAAGGAAAGUCAGCAGCUCUUCUGGCAUGGCUCCUUCCUCUAGGCCUUCUAGUGCUGCUCCUAGCCUUACUGAAGCUCCCCUGAAUACCAGCUGCAUAGCCCUGACACCUGUAACCUCCACUGCCACAGUGAUUGUUAAGGCAUUUGUGGGAGGCAUGGAGACGAUAGCAUCAUUUGAAGGCACAUGUGAAGCAGUUGAUUGGCCAGUUCCUGUAAAUGACCACAAAACAGGAUCUUCACAGAUGAUAACCUUCUCUCUAGCCCGCACACUCUACGGCCGUAUACGAGCAAAGCUGAGGGACCUUUUAACUCUAUCCGCUCGAGAAGAAGUUGUGGCUAAGGAUGCUUCUCUUCAGGAGUCUUCAGACACCCUGGAAAAGGCAACUGUUUCAACUGUUGAGGUCCAGUUACCCAGCACCGAACUUAGUAGAGUUCCCAGUGAGAGCCAACCAAUACCAGCUCUCUGUCUCUCCAAUCUGGAUACCAGUACUCAAGAAGUUCUUAGCAGUGUUUUUUCCAUCUACAAGUCAGAGUUAUCAAAAGUGGAGAGUAAAUCCUUGGCCGUUGUCAGUUCAUCUGAUGAGUCCCUAGAGGCUUGUUGGUUUGUUGAUAGUGUCCUAUCAAAGCUCGAUGACUAUACUAUUUCCCAGUCACCCUCACCCAAUGAAGACUUGAGCGUGAGUACUCAAUAUUCUCAACUGAGCUCAGAAGAGAGUGUCAGAAUCACAGAGUCCUCUACUAGUCUGAUUCAGAGCAUUAAGAAGCUCUCUAGCAAUGACUUCCAGACUCAGGCAGAAGAGGCAGUGAGUAAAGUGCUGAUGAGAUCCAGUCAUUCCUUUAUCACACAGAUCAGCCAUACUGGUCUUCAGAAAAGUCUGCAGGCUGGCUUAUCAUCUAGCUCACCAUCAGAGAUCCAUGUCCUUUCAGAAUCCAUGUCCUCCAUGUCCUCUGAGAAUACAGCCUCUGGAUUAGUGGAAACCUUUGUCAAAGGAAUGGCGACUAUUUUCCAGAAAAAUGAGUCCACUGACACUGUGCUACUGGAAAGAAGUGGGAGAGUUUCGCAGUGCUCCCACGGGGCUCCCAACUGGAUGAUACUGAAUUGA